AUGGUUGAUGCUGUGGUCAAUGUGUUUUUGGAAAGGCUACUGAACACUCUUGUAGAAGAAGGACGUGUGGUGAAUGAAUUCCGAGACCAAUUUGAGAGAUUACAGAAUGAGUUGCAAUUAAUGCAAUGCUUCCUCAAAGAUGCAGAUGAACAAAAGAGAAAGAACCAAACUCUUCUUGGGAUCAUGGCUAAUUUGCAUGAACUUAUUUAUGAAUCUGAAGAUAUACUAACAGACUGCCAACUUCAAUCAAUGGAGGAUAAUCAAUUUUCUAACGGCUACUUGAUUGUGAUGGAUGACGUAUGGAAUCUAGAUGGUAAUUGGUGGAGCAGAAUCUCUGAAGGGUUGCCCAAAGGUAAUGGAAGUAGUUUUAUCAUCACUACAAGACUUGUGAAAGUCUUAAGAAAGAUGCAAGUGAGUGAAGACAGGAUGCAUCAGCCUGAAAUCCUCAACAACUAUGAUAGCUGGUUGCUAUUUAGAAAGCUAGCAUUCGCAGCAAGUGGAGGUGAGUGCACAAAUCCUGAGCUAGAAAAGGUUGGUAAGGAGAUUGUACAGAAAUGUAACAAUCUUCCCUUAGCAAUCAAAGAGAUUGGACGAAUGUUGCUCUAUAAAUCACAUUAUCAUGAGUGGAAACGAAUUGCGGACAAUUUUCGAGAUGAAUUGGGACAAAAUGAUGACACUGUAAUGCCCUCAGUUCAAUUAAGUUAUGAUGAGCUCCCCUCAUACCUGAAGUCAUGCUUUUUGAGUUUCUCUCUUUAUCCAGAGGACUUUGUUAUAACAAAAGAGCAACUGGUACAUUGGUGGAUUGAAGAGGGUUUUGUACCUGUAAGAAGUGGAAGACUAUCAACUGAAGUUGGGAAGAUUGUUUCUCAGGUUUAA